GCAUUCUAAACUUAGUGAGUGCGACUCUCUUCUUACACACUUUUUGUCCAACAUUCACCUCAAAAUCACCAAAAAUAAAAACAUUUUCAAUCCAAUGAAAAUGUUAAUUUCUUCUUAUACUCGCAACCAAAUCCUUUGUUUCAUCGCACUAAUUAUCACACUAACCUCUUUAACUGAAUCCCGAUACCAUCACCACAAAGAGAAACACAAACACAAUAGCCAUAACCAUCACUCUUCAAAACCAGAACCACCUUCUUCCUCAAUCUCUCAGCCUCCUACUCCUCCUCCGGGCCCUGAUGACUCGCCGUCACCGUCACUACCACCGUCACCUUCCGACGACCCUGAAGAAGACAACAAUGGAGUCUACGACGUGAGAAAGUUCGGUGCGGUCGGAGAUGGUGCCGCAGACGACACGGAAGCAUUCAAAACGGCGUGGGACUCAUCAUGUAGCAACGGGAACGACACCGUUUCUGUUUUGCUUGUUCCUUACGGCUACACAUUUAUGAUCCAGUCUACUAUUUUUACCGGUCCUUGCCAUUCUUACCAAUUAUUCCAAGUGGACGGGACCAUUGUAACACCAGAUGGACCUGAAUCGUGGCCGAGCAAUAUAAGUAAAAGACAAUGGCUUGUUUUCUAUAGAGUCAACGGAAUGGCUUUGAAAGGCGCCGGAGUUAUAGAUGGCCGGGGGCAGAAAUGGUGGGAUCUUCCCUGCAAACCUCACCGGACUGUCAACAAAUCUGCAAUUGUUGCUGGCCCUUGCGACAGCCCCAUUGCUUUGAGGUUCUUUAUGAGUUCGAAUCUAACGGUGGAAGGUCUACAAAUAAAAAACAGCCCGCAGUUUCAUUUCAGAUUCGACGGUUGUCAAGGAGUUCACGUCGAGUCCCUUCACAUCACUGCUCCGCCGUUAAGUCCCAACACUGACGGCAUCCACAUCGAAAACUCUAACUCCGUUACCAUCUACAACUCGGUCAUCUCCAACGGAGAUGAUUGCGUGUCUAUUGGUUCGGGAUCCUACGAUGUUGAUAUACGGAAUCUUACCUGUGGACCCGGUGGCCAUGGAAUUAGUAUUGGAAGUUUGGGCAAUCACAACUCACAUGCAUGCGUCUCAAACAUAACCGUCAGAGACUCGGUCAUAAAGUACUCCAACAAUGGAGUUCGGAUCAAAACAUGGCAAGGUGGAUUCGGUUCGGUCUCAGGCGUGACGUUCAACAACAUCCACGUGGAGUCAGUCCGUAACCCAAUAAUCAUUGACCAAUACUAUUGCAUGACCAAAGACUGUGCCAAUAAAACAUCUGCCGUUUUCGUAUCUGAUAUUACAUACCAAGGCAUCAAAGGAACUUAUGAUAUUCGAAGUCCUCCAAUGCAUUUUGGAUGCAGCGAUGCAGUUCCAUGCACGAAUCUAACUCUUUCGGGUAUCGAGUUGCUUCCAGCAAAAGGCGAAAUCGUUGUGGAUCCAUUUUGUUGGAAUGCUUAUGGAAUUGUGGAAGAGCUUUCGAUUCCUCCGGUUUGGUGUCUCAUGUCCGAUCCUCCCACGGCGUUGCAAGGUGCUCUUGUUAACAAGUGUGGUUCACCGUGAUUUGCAUAAUCGGAUCAAUAAUUGAUCAGUUAGGCUAUAUUCUAAACUCUUACGUGAUUUUAGAGGGAAAUGUAUAUAAGUGUGAGGAGAAUCAUUUUCUUGAUUCUUCGUUGAGGAGUGGCACAUUUUAUUUGCCUCUCCAAGUAUUUUUAAAUCGUGUUUAAUUUUCAUUUGAUGAUUUUUGUAAUGUGUGUUUAACUAUUGAUGGCGUGAUAUGAUUUAUAUAAAAAUAAGAUUGUGUUUUAUCUA